AUGGGUCAUAUACCACCGCACCAUGGUACCUUUGAUGCUUCGACAGUAUAUGACAGUGAUACUCCACCGGUGUGUCACGAAUAUGGUUAUUGGUUCAAUAAAGUUGUGGCAAAUAUAGAGUUGGAAGCAGGUUCGACAAAACGGAAUGCUGAAAUGGUGAUAUUCAAGGCAGAAUAUAUUCCAGAAUACAAAUGGAUAAUGCUCGAGUCAAAUUCGAAUAGUGCAGUUACUACCAAUAAAGAAAUAAGCGCUUUAAAAUGUAAAUCUCAAAAUAAUAUUCUAAAUAAGUAUCAUCAGAAUAAUAUUGAAACCGAUUUUCCAUCAAUAUUUUACUUAAUAAACUUAGUAGAAAAAAUGAUAAAAUAUAAUAACAAAUAUUAUGAGAGAGUUGAAAAGAGAAAACAACAACAAAUUAUUGAAUUACAAGGAUUAACUAUGUUUUUGGAAGAUAUUUGUAAUGAUCUUAAAGAUCUUUAGAAUUUUAACUUAUGGUAAUUUAAUAUGGCAUAGAUUCCACAUGGUGAUCAAUGUAAUGUUAAAAAUACUUUGAAUAUGUAGUAACUACAUAUAUUAUUUUGGUUAUUAUGAUAUUCUCAUUACUAAAGAUUUAUACAUUCACAAUUGUUAUACACUUUUUCUGGUUUCCAUAAAUCAUUGAAUUAUUACUAUGUUCAACUUAUUUUUCUAACUCUAGUUUUUUUAAAUCUUAAGAUAUUAUAUUUUAUUAAUAGAAUUAAUCUGUACAUUCAAUUGUCUUUUUUAUGUUAACUAUGACUAUUAUUAAUAAUCGUAUAUCAAUAUUGAAUGCUAAAUAAUAAACCAUAUAUGUUUAACUGCCUAACAUAGUUCAAUACAGCUAUUUUGUAUAAUAUUUAAUUACUUAUUCAAUUAAAUAUAAAUAAACAUUAUAUUAUAACCCUAGAUAUUAUGUACUUGCACUAAAUUAAUAUUUAAAAUUAUUUUUACAAUUAGACUGGUGCUUGAGCAUUUUAUGACAACUAAUAGUUUUGUGUUUUUUGGGUUAGCUAUUGUGUAGUCACACAUUACAGUAACAGUUUUAAAAAAACAGCGUAAUUAAUUAAUACAUCUAUAAUCUACAUUAGGCAGGUCAAACUCAAAGUAUUGACUGGGCCAAAUGUAUUGAACAUUUUACUAUGCAGCCACAAAAAAAAUGUAUCAAAAAAAACAUUUUAUACAAAUUUUUAAUUUUAUUCAUAUCGAACA